AUGAACUCUAACUAUCUAAAUUACCAACAAAUCGUCGACUCCGGGAGCAUAGCUAAUCCUUACGGCACUACGAGCACCAACGGGAUUGGGCUUUCGUGCCCGGAGGUAGUUCCAACCUGUACGGAAUCACUGUACCAACAGAUAGUGCCGCUAUAUACACUGCUUCGAUCCGUUACGAAGACUUGGACCAUAAUAGGUACUGUUAGUAAUACGAACGUUGACGGCAAGUUCAACGCUAUUUACGCUAGGUCUGCCAACGGAGAUCUCUUUGCUUCGGACGCAAACUCUGGCCAGAUUUGGAGGUUCAACGUUAACACCUUGACCGCCUCGCGCAUUAGUACUGGCCCGGCAUCUGAUAAUGCUGAUGAACCUCGUUGUAUCCUCAACACAGCCUACUAG